GCAAGUGUAUGUUUAAUCCGACCCCUAGGGAGUCGGGAGAAGCUUGAAGGUAGUCGUGUAUGUACAUCUGUUGUUCCUGGGGAACCGCAGGUUACUAUUGGUACCGAUCGUUCGUUCACAUUCGACCAUGUAUUCGAUCAAGGUACUCAACAAGUUGAGCUUUAUAAUUUUGCUGUACAAAAACUGGUUGAUGGUCUCUUCGAUGGGUUUAAUGCGACAGUCCUUGCCUACGGACAAACAGGGUCCGGUAAAACUUACACUAUGGGUACCGCGUUCGAUUCCACCACGCUAAACGAGUAUGAGGUUGGAAUCAUACCACGAGCUCUGGAACAUGUGUUUGGUCGAGUUGAUGAAUUAAAACGAGAAGCGCUAGAAAAUGGCACUGUUGGGCCGACAUUUGAUAUAUCUGUGCAGUUUAUAGAGCUUUACAAUGAGGAAAUCAUAGAUUUGCUGUCAGUCGUUCGAACCUCACAGAAUGUCCGAAUCCAUGAAGAUUCUCGUGGCGAAAUCUCUCUGCAUGGGGUCACUAGCAAGCAUGUUCAGGAUCUUCAUAUGACUGUUGAAAUUUUGAAAAACGGCGCUCUUAAUCGGACGGUAGCCGCGACAAACAUGAACGAACAAUCUUCCCGUUCACAUGCGAUUUUCUCACUCCACAUCAAACAACAAAGAGUUGUGCCCUCAUCAGGCGAUGGGGCGUCUCCAAAUCAGGUGAGUCUAGAAAUUGAAAUGGAGGUUCUGUCAGCUAAGUUCCACUUUGUGGAUCUAGCAGGGUCGGAGAGAUUGAAACGAACUGGAGCCACGGGCGACCGAGCUAGAGAGGGAAUUAGUAUUAACUGUGGACUUCUUGCACUUGGCAAUGUGAUCAGCGCACUGGGAGGCGCGAAUGGAAAGGUCAGUCAUAUUCCAUAUCGCGAUUCGAAACUGACUAGACUUCUGCAAGACUCACUUGGUGGAAACAGUCGAACUCUGAUGGUUGCUUGUAUCUCACCUAGUGAUAGCGACUUUGUGGAAACGUUGAACACUUUAAAAUAUGCGAAUCGUGCAAAGAAUAUUAAAAACAAGGUUAUAGCUAAUCAAGACAAAUCUUCGAAGCUUAUUGGUGACCUACGUGGCCGUAUCGCUACUCUCGAGGCAGAACUGUUGGAGUUCAAGCAAGGUCGGCGAACAGUUGACAGUGAUGGCUUUGAGUCCGUGAAUGAUCAGUAUCAUGAAAACGUUAUGCUUACGGCGGAAGUGAAUCAGCUGAGAUUCCGCGUAAAAGCACUGCAGGAGACAAAUGAAAUUCUGCGUAGUCGUAAUGUUGAUCUGUUGGCGAAAGGCAUUGGUCGAAGUGGCCUCUCAACAGACACGAAUCAUGAAAAUGAGGCGCUAUCUGAAAUACGAAGCUAUUUGGAGGAAAUAGAAAGACUGCGCUCGCAAUUUUUUGAGGCACAAGCUACAGCAAAUCACUAUAGGAAGGAACAAACUGUUUUACUGCAGGCCCUUGGUCGCAACGGUGAUUUAAUAGGAAACGGUGAGAGUUCGUUCACUUCUUUCGGGCACCAACAACUUAUCGAAGAUGCUCGCGCUGACAUUGAACGACUUCGAAGAACCAUUUCCCAGGCUUCAAACGAAGUGUCCUUAUAUUAUAUACGGGUAUCUAUGACUUUAUUUUUGGCAGAUAAAUUGACGUUUUAA